ACCGGAAGCCGCCGUUGCCAUGGAGAACAGGAAGUGGACGCUGCCAUGGCGACACCGGACGCCACCUCGAGCCGGAGCCGGAGCCCAAGCCCGGGCAAGGGGAUGACGAAGGAGUCGCCGCCUCGCUCCGCAAGGGAGGAAGAGAAGCAGAAGAAGGUUCAGGGGUCGGAAGAGCGACGAGGUUCUCCCUCCAAAACAAAGACUAAUUCAAGGGCUUCUGCAAUCUCCAGGAGAUCCCAGGCCCAGGAGGAGGAGGAGGAGGAGAAGGAGGAGGAGGAGGAGGAGGGGAACAGCAAUUUCUCUCUGUUCUCUGAUAGUGACUCUUUCAGACCCAUAAAGCCAAUCCAGGCCUUUGUGCGAGUCAAGCCCACGGCUCAUUUUGCCCGAGACAUGAUCAAGUUUGGGACAGACAACAAGAGCAUCGACAUCCACAUCGAAAAAGAUGCCAGGGGAGGGCUUGUGAACAACUCCUCCACUGACUGGUCCUUCAGGAUGGAUGGGCUCCUCCACAACACCUCCCAGGACAAGGUUUAUGAGACUGUGGCCAGGGACUUGGUGGCUGCAGCUUUACGUGGCUACAAUGGCACCAUCAUGUGUUAUGGGCAAACUGGGGCUGGUAAAACUUACACCAUGACUGGAGCAGCUGAGUAUGAGCACCGAGGGAUCAUCCCCAGAGCUAUCCAGCAGGUCUUCCAAGCAGCUAAAGAAUCCCCUGGCCUCUCCAUCACUGUCCUAAUUUCCUACCUGGAAGUCUACAACGAGGCCCUGUUUGACCUCCUGGGCCCUGGUUCCAGGAACACCCCCCUGGCUGUCCUGGAUUCCCCUCAGGGGGUUUGUGUCAAGGGUCUGUCCAUCCAUCCUGUCAGCCAUGAGAAGCAGGCCCUAAAUCUCCUUUCUGAGGGUGGGACCAACAGAGCAAUAGCAGAGCACGCCCUGAAUAAGAAUUCCUCCAGAUCCCACUGCAUCUUUACUAUUUAUAUUGAGUGUCAUUCCAGGGUUUACAGGAAUCUCAAAGGCAUUAAAUCUAAAAUCACCUUGAUAGACCUGGCGGGUUCUGAGAGACUAAGCGAGCUCCCGUCUGCAGGACACAUCCAGAGAGAGAACUCCUACAUCAACAGGUCCCUGACGUUCCUGGAGCAAAUCAUCCUGGCCCUGGCUGAUCCCUGGAGGGACCACAUUCCCUUCCGGCAGAGCAAACUCACUCACGUCCUCAAGGACUCCCUGGGGGGCAACUGCAACACUGUCCUGGUGACCAACAUCUGUGGGGAAGCUGCUCACGUGGAAGAGACGUUGUCUUCCCUGCGCUUUGCUACCAGGAUGAGGUGGAUCAUGGCAGAGCCAGUUGCCAACGUGACGUUUGAGCAGGAGGUGUCAGUGAAGGCUCUGGAGGAGGAGAUUAAUCUCCUGAAGCACGAACUGACCAUGAAGGACAUGUUUGAAAAUCGUUUGGUGUCUUACAGCCCCCUGACUGGUGCCCAGAGAGCAGCAAUUAAAUCCCAAGUCCACAAAUACCUCAGAGGAGACAUUGAGGAGAUCGAUAUAGUGAACAUCAGGCAAAUCCAGGAGGUGUUUAAACAGUUCAAAGCAAUUAUAAGUCAACAGGAGAAAGACAUAGAGGCCAAGUUACAGAGCAAAUACCUGCUGGGAGACAGGGGGGAGUCCCAGGCUGACUCUGGGUCUGAGGUUGGUGAGGAGGUGGAAGAUGAGGAGAAAGAGGACAAGGAGAAGAAGAAGGAUAAGGCAGGUGUGGGUGAUUUGGAUGCUGGUUUGGUGCAGGAAGUGGAAAAGCUGCAGAGAGAGGCUUUGGAGACUGGAACUUCCUCUUCCUCACCCGUUCCUGGGGAGAAGAAGGAAGACAAGAAGAGUGAGGAGCAGAUCAAGAAGGAAAAACUUGUGACCCCUUCCCUUGAAAGGGAUCUGGAUGGUUCUGCACCACCAGAAACUCAGGAAGAAAGUCUCACCAAGGAUGUGGAUGAGGAAGAGGGAGCAAGUGAGCAGGAUAGAAAAGAUAGUGAGCAAGAGCUCUCCUCAGGGGAGAAGCCCCAGCAGCCCAGCUUGCCCCCAUCCAAGGCAGAGGCGUUUGAGCUGUUUAAGCAGGAGGCUGGACGUGAGAUCAGCAGGAUCUUCAAGGAGAACAAGAGCAUCCUCUUCGCCAGGAAGAGGAGCAGCAAUUCCCUGGCCCGGAGGAUCAACGACAUCAAGCGGGAGAUGGAGGCAGUCAGGGAGGCUCUGGAGGGGAAGAAGCGGAAGCGGUGGCAGGAGGGAGAAUACACUGACGAGGAGGGCCAGGUCAUCAUUGAUGAGAAGGAGUUUUCCCUCAUCCUGAAGCUGAAGGAGCUGAAGGAAGAGCACAGGGCUGGUUAUGCUGAGCUGCAGGACCUCAAGGCAGAGAUCCAGCACUGCCAACAGCUGGUGGAUAAGUGCCGGAAAAGGCUCAUCUCAGAGUUUGAGAUCUGGUACAACGAGUCCUUCCGUAUCCCUGAGGAUGUGCUGGAAGCUCUGAGGCCCGGUGGGAGCAUCAGGCCUGGAAUGAUUCCCCUGAACAGGGUCAUGUGCCUGGAUGAAGAUGAGCAGGACAAGUUUGAGCGGCUGCAGGAGACCUGCCUGCCAGGGUGCCCGGGAUCCACCCCCUUCUACAGGGCCAAGAUGCAGGUGGAGCAACAGCAAACCUUUGACAGGACCAUGCUGGCCCUGCAGAAGAUGCGCAGGAAGCCCGGGAUCGUCAGGGCUGCCGGGAAGAACAAACCCCCCUCCUCUCUGCGCAUCCUGUAGCAGGCUGGGCUCAGCCUGGAUCCCAGCAUUCCCUGAGGAAUGCCAGCUCCCAAAAGUGCCUCGUGCUUGUGUCCACCAUCGAUCUGUAAGAAUAAACACUGGGAAAAGCAAA